AUGCCUUUCCUACCCAAGACCGACAUCGAUCAAAACAUCCUGCUUGGCAAGACUGCCGACAGAGGCUACUAUCGCUUCCUCGAUGUUCUAGGCUCUGGAGGAUUCGGGGUGGUUUACCGUACUCGUGCGGCGGACUCGAAGGACGAUCUAGCCGUCAAGGUCGUCGCCCAACGCUCGCGCGGCGGCAAACGGGCCGCCCAGCUCCGCGAGCUCGAAUACCACUCCAAAGUCGGCGAUCACCCCAACAUUGUCACUUUACACCGCUGGUUCGCCGAGUCCGGGUUCUUCUUCUUUGUGUUCGACGCCUGUCUCGGGGGCGAUCUCUUCACCGCAAUCACCGAACGGCACCUUUACUUCUACAAUGAUGAGCGCGCAAGAAAUGCCUUCUCUCAAAUCUUAGACGCUGUCAGCUAUUGUCAUAGUGUGGGCAUAGCGCACCGCGACUUGAAGCCGGAGAACUUUCUUCUAUCAGCCGACGGACAUACACUUCUCCUUGCAGACUUCGGACUGGCUACAGCGAGCCCCUUGAGUGAGACGUUCGGCGUCGGCAGUACGUUCUAUAUGGCUCCAGAGGUGUUACGUGUCGACAUCAAACUCAAGCAGUACUCUCCGAAGCACAGCGAUAUUUGGGCUCUGGGCGUCAUCCUCAUGAACAUGCUCACCGGCCGGUCGCCCUGGCGCGCUGCUGUCUCCUCUGAGGCAUGCUACACCGGAUUCUUACGCGAUCCUCUCUACUUGCGCGCGAUGUUGCCGCUCUCUCGUCCCACCGUUUUCCUGAUAGGGCGCAUUCUCAAACUCAACCCUCUGUCGCGCCUCGCCAUCAAGGACAUUAAGGACGAGUUCAUGAAUAUCGAGACGUACUUCAUGUGCGCAGAAGAGGUCCAGCGCGCUAGCGCUCACGUCCGGGAAAUCGUUGCACGCACGCUACCAAAGGCCAAGUUCAACGACCAUCCUAUCGCUAGUCCCAACCAUCAACCCACAGCCGAACCGCCCGUCAAUGCUAUACAGCCACCUGCGGUGCACACUUAUGCACAUCCGCGUCCCCCAACUCCAGGCGUUCUGUGCUCCCCUGUUUGCGUGACGAGCGACGCGUCUUUUGGACAUAUACGUGCUCCCCCGCGCUCGCCGACGCCCGUGGCUACGCGGCUACCAACACCGAAAUUCAUCAGGCCCCCGACACCGGGGCCCACCGGCUCUCCCAAUUUCUUGGGCAAUCACGACUCUAGCGACUACCACUGUGAAAGCCCGGAACCGGACUCGGACUCGCCGCUCGUCUACAUACCUCCAUCACGCCGCGCGGCGUCCACUCGCGUACCAAGGGAAGAUCUUGGCGUAUCACCCGCUUCCGGCUUUGCCUCUGGUUCUGGCUCCGGCUCGUCGUCGGAUAUGCAACCUCCAUCGCUGUUUGCGAACUCGGACUCGGAUUCGUCGAACGACGCCAUCCUUGUCACGCCUCAAGUCCGACCUGCCGAUAUGCGUGGAUCGUCCGUCCUCAUUGACGAUCUCAUGCUUCCUGAUGCAGCCUUUGUGCCGAUCUCACCGAAAGGCAGACCUACGGACUUUGCGACCCGCAUUGGUCCGAGCAGCAUACCCGAUCAGCCGAUGAAGAACGCUUCGCGGUCGUUCCAUCCCAGGGAGUUCAUGCGCAACGUCAUGCAUAAGCUUCGCGUUGACAAGGAAUAG